CACUGGUGGUCACGACAUGUCUGCAGCUGUUUCUGUCAAAAGUGCACGUGCGUAAUGUUUUCCUCACGGCAAACGCCACUUAAGCGACCCAGACUGGAUGACAGCGCGGCAAGAAAGCAAAAUUACCCGAUAUUCUCAUCUGGCAGCUCUUCGAAGCAAACAACCACUGCCCCCGUCCCAUCUGCCGAGCAUCUAGAUGAGCCGAAAGCAACACCAGAGUUCAAGCCCUUGGCCGAGAAGAUGCGGCCGUCCACCCUGGAUGAGUUUGUGGGCCAGAGUGGUGUGUUGGGUGACCGAAGCCUUCUGCGGCAGCUCAUCACCAGUAACCGCAUUCCCUCCAUGAUCCUCUGGGGACCGCCAGGCUGUGGAAAGACCACGUUGGCCCAUAUAAUCGCGAACAAGUGCAAGCAGUCGUCAGACGCGAGGUUUGCAACCUUGUCCGCAACCACUGCCGGUGUGAAGGAUGUCAAGGAUGUCUUGGAGAGAGCCAAAAAUGACCAGAAGAUGUUCAAGAAAAAGACUGUGCUGUUCAUUGAUGAGAUUCACCGUUUCAACAAGCUUCAGCAGGAUGUCUUUCUUCCAGCUGUGGAGUCUGGCGCCAUAGUGCUGGUGGGAGCUACCACAGAGAACCCGUCCUUCUCCCUUAACUCGGCCUUGCUCUCACGAUGCCGCGUCUUUGUGCUCGAGAAGCUCCCCACUGCGGAGGUGGCACUCAUCCUACAUCGUGCUCUGGCCCACCUGGAUGUUGAGCUUGUCUUCAAAAACGAUGAACCACGAAAAGACCCUUCUAGUGGGUAA